AUGGAAGGGAUCGAUCCACUGAUGUAUUCGUUCCACGGAGAAUUAAAAAACAAGAGUCUUGACUACCUUCUUGCCCUUCUUAACCUGACUGAUACAAAAGAUUUCUUGGAUUUCUAUGACUAUGAUUUCCAUUCCAUCGCACAUGAUCUAUCACCCACAGCUGAUAUCAUCUUAAUCACCUGUUACACCCUUAUAUUCGUGCUUGCUUUGGGCGGGAAUCUCCUGGUGAUAUUUGUGGUGGCGCGCAAGAAGUACAUGCAGACAGCCAUCAAUAUCUUCUUUGCUUCGUUAGCCAUAUCUGAUCUCCUAAUUGCUGUCUUUUGCGUCCCUUUUACGCUAAUUGAAGCCAUCACCGUGGAUUGGGUGUUAGGGCCAUUCAUGUGCAAGGCUCUCAACUAUGUCACAUCUGUUGGGGUUGUCUCAAGUAUCCUUGCCAUGAUGUCCAUUGCUGUAGAGCGCCACCAAGCGAUCUGCCACCCUUUGCGCUCCAGGGUGAUCCAGACACCUCGUCGUGCUGUCUUUCUUCUUACCUUCCUAUGGAUCAUGUCUAUGACCUUUGUCUCUCCAUUCCUCUUCGUGCUUCAACUCGAGAUCAAGAUCGACCCCAUGACCGCGACACGGUACCGAUUCUGCGUAGAACACUGGUACAAUCCCCAACAGCAGAAGAACUACACCCUGCUACUAGUCCUUCUCCUUUACAUCACUCCAUUGUUCAUCAUGGUAGUUCUGUACAUGCAGGUUGUCCACAAACUCUGGAUCCGGAAACCCAUCGCCCCUGCUGAUUCGGUGGUGACGCAGAAUCCAGGAAUCAACACGGCCACAUCUCUCCGGUACAAGAAACGAGCUAUCAAGAUGAUUCUCAUGGUGGUCGGUCUCUUCACUGUCUGUUGGCUUCCAUAUCACGUCGUCCUUCUCAUGCGGGAGUUCUCCUUCAUGGCGGACGGUGAAAGGAACCGACUUCUGUUCGCCGCUGUUCAGUUGGUGGGUCUAAGCAAUAGCUGUAACAAUCCCAUCGUAUACGCGUUCCUCAAUGACAAUUUCAAGCGCAACUUCGUGAAGGUACUUUUUCGUCAUCGAAGGGUGGUCAGAGCAAAGGGCUCUUCAAAUAAUAACGUCAAUGUGAAACCAUUAGCAAUGGUCACCAUAUGACAAUUUCUAAAACUGCCCAUAAUCAUUAUAUUGAAUGAAUGAUUCUCCAAAGAAUAAUAGUGUUUUCAAAAAGCAGUUCCAACUUCAGAAUGACCAGAAGAAUGCUUUCUUUGAAU